AUGAGCUCCUACUUCUCAUCAUUCACUGGAUCCUCCUCCUCGCUCUCCAGUGCCCUGGGCUCGCGGCUCACCAGCCUUCGCCGCGCUAUUACCCUGGGCGACGAAGGAGACGAUCCGGAAAAUGAAGACGGCUCGCACAUCUCCAAUGCCCUCCGAGCAUACUACACAGAAAAGGGACGCCCAUUCCCUUCCUGGUUGCCUCCGGACCCGAAGGCCCCCCAAGCCGCAUCAAACCGUGUCGUGGCAACCUCACAGCUUCCCCAAGGUCAAGGCCCCGCCACCGUAUCCUACAGCCGGGGCGGAGGUCUAGGUGAUCUCUGGGGGGACUCAGGAGCAUCCCAACCAGCAGGCGCACAGACAGCCAGUCUCCGCCGUGGCCGUGUUGGCAACGCUCCCCCACUUCUCCCCAUGAACAGCGCGCCGCCCGGCCCGGUGUCUACGCCUUCACCGCCGCUCCAGCAUGCUCAUUCGCACUCUCCUGGCCCACCGGGGGGUAUGCAUCCGCAAGGAGCACGGCCACUACCUAGUCAGCGACUUGGAUCGAACCAGUCAACCGGGUCCUCGCGCGUGUCGCAAGACCGGGCGGGGUCGGCACAAGAGCGACUGCGGGCACGGCUUCAGGGGGGCCGGUCUCCGAGCCCUCAUGUCGAUCCGAGUGUGAGGAAGCCAGUGGGAUCGUCGGGGAGACAGUGGUGA